AUUAUGUCAGCUUCUUCCAUUGAUCGUCACACCUGUGCCACCUGUGGGAAGCAGUACCAGAGGAGCGCCCAUUUGCGCCGGCAUGAGUCUACUCACAUUGAGGUAGCCCGCCACAACUGCGUUUAUUGCGAGAAGGUAUUCACUAGACGCGAUGUCUGCCGAAAACACAUGAUGCACUGCCCUAACAAGCAAGAUCAAGAAACCCUUCCAAGUCUGAAACGCGGCCAGAAGCCUCGCGCUUGUGAUGCCUGCUUUCACAGCAAGCAGUCAUGCGACACAUCGGAUCCCUGCGAGCGCUGUGCCUCUCGUAGAUUAACGUGUACCUAUCGCAGGCUGGAAGGA